UUUUUAUUGUUACAGAUCAGGAGGCUACUCACAGCAGAUUUGCAAAAUGAAGAUGUUCUCAGUGUCUCACAAGACAGUUUUUGUGGUGGACCACUGUCCCUACAUGGCAGAGUCAAGUCGUCAGCAGGUUGAGUGCGACGUGCUGACGAAGAGUCGAGGUCAAGGGGUUAUUCCUUUGGCCCCUGUGUCCAAGUCCCUGUGGACCUGUGCUGUGGAGUGCUCCAUGGAGUACUGCCGGAUCCUCUACGAUGUUUAUCCACUGCACAAACUUAUUAAUUACAUUGUGAGUGAUUCAGAGUUCCACAUCUUGAAUAGCUGGAGGCAGGAAGACCAGAGCACUCAUGAGCUAAUGUCAGCUCUGGCAGCUGUUGGGCCACCAAACCCGCAUGAGGACCCCGAGUGUUGCAGCAUCCUGCACGGACUGGUCGCUGCCGUGGAGUCGUUGUGCAAGAUCACAGAGUUGCAGCACGAGAGGCGCACCACUCUGAUGGACACCGCUGAGAGAGUUGCCAAUCGGGGUCGUAUUAUCUGCCUAACCAACGCUAAAAGUGAUACUCAUGUGCGCAUGUUGGAAGACUGCAUUCAAGAAACUAUUCUAGAACAAAACAAACUGGCAGCAGGUUCAGACAGGCUGAUGGCCAUCCAGCAGUGUGACCUGGUUCUAAUUCACAUCCACCCACAGGGUGACGACGCACUGGUGUCUGACCGACCAAAGAAAGAGAUCUCCCCUCUGCUCACCAGCGAGGUUCACAGUGUUCGUGCAGGGCGGCACCUGGCCACCAAACUCAACAUCCUGGUCCAGCAGCACUUUGACUUGGCUUCCACCACCAUAACAAACAUCCCCAUGAAGCCCACAUUAAAUGUUUGCGACCAGGAAGAGCAGCACGCCAACACGUCGGCCAAUUACGACGUUGAGCUCCUGCAUCACAGAGACGCCCACCUGGAGUUCUUCAAAAGCGGAGACUUGCAUAUGGCCGGCACCAGCACCCGAGAAAACGGACUCAAAGAGACAAUUACACUGAAAUGGUGCACUCCACGAACCAACAGCAUAGAGCUGCAUUACUGUACAGGAGCCUAUCGCAUCUCCCCUACAGACGUAAACAGUCGUCCCUCAUCAUGUUUAACAAACUUUCUCCUCAACGGUCGAUCGGUGCUGCUGGAGCAGCCGAGGAAGUCAGGGUCAAAGGUCAUCAGCCACAUGCUCAGCAGCCACGGAGGCGAGAUCUUCCUGCACGUGCUCAACAGCAACCGCUCCACCCUGGAGGACCCGCCCUCCAUCAGCGAGGGCUGCGGGGGCCGAGUGACAGACUACCGCAUCACUGACUUUGGUGAAUUUAUGAGGGAGAACAGGCUCAUGCCUGUUUCCGAGUCUUCCCGUGAUCCCUCAGGGAAACUACCAGCUGAGAGGGCCAAAGCUCAGCUGGAACGCCACACUCGAUACUGGCCAAUGAUCAUCUCCCAGACCACCAUCUUCAACAUGCAGGCAGUGGUUCCUUUAGCUAACCUGAUUGUGAAAGAGACUUUGUCUGAGGAGGACGUUCUGACCUGCCAGAAGACCGUUUACAACCUGGUAGACAUGGAGAGAAAGAACGACCCUCUCCCUAUUUCCACCGUGGGAUCCAGAGGCAAAGGCCCCAAGAGAGAUGAACAGUAUCGUAUAAUGUGGAACGAGCUGGAGACGUUAGUGAAAACUCACGCCGGAGCCACCGACAGACACCAACGAGUAUUGGACUGCAUCAUCGCCUGCCGCAGCAAACCACCUGAGGAGGAGGAGAGGAAGAAGCGAGGGAGGAAGAGGGAGGAAAAGGAAGACAAAACGGAGAAAAACGGCAGCAAGGACACGGACGACAAAAGCUGGCAGGAGUCGGAGAGACUAAAGGGUCUGCUGGAUAAAGAAGAGCAGGAGCCUGAGGUGAUCAAGGAUUCCCCGGACUCUCCGGAGCCGCUCAACAAGAAGCCGCGCCUGUGCACGGAGGAGGUUCAGCCUCCAGAGAGAGCAAAAGGUCCUGUAUCGCUCCUCACCAUGUGGAGCAAUCGCAUCACUGUAGCCAAUUCCAGGAAGCACCAAGAGUUUGUGGGAAGAACGAGCUCCGUCAACAACAAGUUUGAGUUGUACCAGCAGCUCAAAGACGAGAAUGGGAUGGAUGUUCACGAAAACGGCAAGGCCUCCAGAUGAUGUUUCCAGGGAUUCCCUGCUCCACCCCUGCUUCCCCGCCAAGGAUGAGAUUUUGGACCACAGUGUUUUCUUGGAGUUUGGUGGCACUCAUAAUCCCCCCCCCCCC